AGCACCGUACUCGGAAUGCGGGAGGAAGCUUGGCAGCGGAGUUGUAAAUGUAGGGGCCUGGGACGCACCUACUGCAUUUACGCAAGCAGCGGCACACCCCAUAACCGCCUAACUAUCGUCUCCGCGAGCGUCGCGCUACCUGCCCGAAGGCGCCUGCGCACUGAAAACCUCACGCUUCGAGUCACCUGUUGGAAGGUCACGCCCAUCUCGCCUUGCGCAUGCGUAUUGCGCGCCUUACGGGCCGUGGAGUCACGUGUUGGAGCGCGAGCCGUCUCCCGCAGGGUCGCUUCCUGUCACGGCUGCUUCCCGCGCCGCCGCGGCCGCCCGGGGGCCGCGGGAGCCCUGGGCGGUGCCAGGCAGGAUCAGGCCCAGGCUGGUUUCGGAUCCGGCGUGAGACAGGUACCUAGGCUGUCAAGAUGCCAGGGCCAAGACCUCGGAAAGGCCCCCAGGCCAGUGGCCAGGGUGUGGCAGCUGCAAAGCAGCUGGGGCUCUUUGUGGAGUUCAGUCCUGAGGACAUGCUGCUGGGGAUGGAGGAGACUGAAGAUGAUGGAGAUCUUGAGGCUGAACUGCUGGCCCUCACUGGGGAAGCAGGGGCCUCAGGCAAGAAACCCACAACCAAGGGGCAGGACUGAGCUGCAGGAGGUCCUGGGUGCGAAUGAGGAGACUGGGCCCCUGGAUGGUGAUAAGACAGCUAGUCCAGGUGGCUCUGAAGAGGAGAAGGGACAGGAAGACACUGAAGCUCCAGUACAGAGAGCUCCGCUAACAGCUUCGAUCCCAGCAGCUCAGGCUGGAGGGCCUCGGGGGCUGCAGGCUCUUCUGGAGGAUCGGAUCCACAACUACCGGGAGGCUGCAGCCAGUGCCAAGGAGGCAGGUGAAGCAGCCAAAGCCAGGCGCUGUGAGCGUGGCCUAAAGACUCUGGAGGCCCAGCUGGCUGCUGUGAGGAAAGGCAGGAAGAUCAGUGAGGAUGAGAUUCCACCUCCAGUGGCCUUGGGCAAGAGACAGCCUGUCCCCCAGGAAACAACUGACAGGAACCCUGAGGCAGAUGCCCCAGCUCCCUUCACCGUGGAGCCAGACAAGUCCUCCCAGAUGGAGACAAGCCUCUUGGGUGGUCCUGGCAUUUCUGCCCCACCUGAUUCAGACCCAGACCCACAGGCCCUGUUGUUGGCUCGACAGAGAGAGUACAAAUUGGCUGCCCUGAAUGCCAAGCGGGCUGGAGACCUAGACCGUGCCCGGGAGCUCAUGAGGAUCGGGAAGAGAUUUGGUGCAGUCCUAGAGGCCCUGGAGAAGGGACAGCCUGUGGACCUGAGUGCCAUGCCCCCCGCACCUGAGGAUCUGAAGCCCCUUCCACAGGCUUCCAGGGCUCUCACAGCACCAUCAGCUGUAUCCCCAGCAGUGGAGCGAGUGCAGCCAGUGAUGGCCUCAGACACUCCAGCAGCCCCAGGGGUCCCUGCUGAGCCACAGACGGUGCUGGAUGCCUUGCAGCAGAGACUGAACAAGUACCGGGAGGCAGGCAUCCAGGCCCGGAGCAGUGGGGAUGAGCGCAAAGCCCGGAUGCAUGAACGUAUUGCUAAGCAAUAUCAGGAUGCCAUUCGAGCACACCGGGCAGGACGGAGGGUUGACUUUGCCGAGCUGCCUGUUCCUCCAGGGUUCCCCCCCAUUCCUGGCCUGGAGCCCACCACGGGCACCGAGGACGAUGCAGUGGCAGCUACUUUAGCAGCUGCCCAGAAGCUGGUUUCCGCAGAGGAUACGGCCCCAGCAGAGGAAAAUGAGGAUGAGGAUGAGUCCCCAGCCCAGGCCCCAGUGGCCAAGAAGCCAGCGAAGCCUGUGGUCCCUUCGUUCCGGGCCGUGCCUGAAUCCAAGUCCUCAAGUUCUAGGGAGUCAGUGAGUCCAUCUGUGCGGGAGCAGCUCGCAUUGCUAGAGGCACGGAAACUGCAGUACCAGCGGGCAGCCCUACAGGCCAAGCGUGGCCAGGACCUGGAGCAGGCCAAAGCCCAUCUGAGGGUAGCCAAAUGCCUUGAGGCUCAAAUCACCCAGGUACGAGCUGGCCGACCUGUGGACCUCUCCAAGGUGCCUUCACCCUUGACGGAUGAGGAGGGUGACUUCAUCCUCAUUCACCAUGAGGACCUGCGACUCUCCCAGAAGGCUGAGGAGGUGUAUGCCCAGCUACAAAAAAUGCUUCUGGAGCAACAUGAGAAGUGUCUGCUAUUCUCCAAGCAGUUCAUGCACCAGGGCAAUGUGGCUGAGACUACCAAGUUUGAGAAUCUCGCUCAGGACCGAAAGAAGCAGCUUGAGAUCCUGCAGCUGGCCCAGGCUCAGGGUCUUGACCCUCCCAGCCAUCACUUUGAAUUGAAGACGUUCCAGACUGUGAGGAUCUUCUCAGAACUCAACAGUACAGAAAUGCAUCUGAUCAUUGUCCGGGGAAUGAACCUCCCAGCCCCUUCAGGGGUGACUCCUGAUGACUUGGAUGCCUUUGUGCGGUUUGAGUUCCACUACCCUAACUCGGACCAGGCUCAAAAAAACAAAACAGCUGUGGUGAAGAACACAAACUCUCCAGAAUUUGAUCAACUCUUCAAACUAAACAUCAACCGAAACCACCGGGGCUUCAGGAGGGUGAUCCAAAGCAAAGGAAUCAAGUUUGAAAUCUUCCACAAAGGAUCCUUCUUCAGAAGUGAUAAGCUGGUUGGCACAGCCCACGUGAAGCUGGAGCGGCUGGAGAAUGAGUGUGAGAUCAGAGAGAUUGUGGAGGUCCUAGAUGGAAGGAAGCCCACUGGGGGCAAGCUGGAGGUGAAGGUGAGGCUGCGGGAGCCUCUUAGUGGCCAAGACAUGCAAGUAGUCACUGAGAACUGGCUGGUCCUGGAGCCCAGGGGCCUGUAAGGAGACAGUCCGUCUCGGGAGAGGAGACAGGUCAGCGACUGUGUGCGGGAGCAUACUUUUCCCAGGCUUUGUACAUAAGGAAGAUGCUGCUACACAAGCACCAAAGAUCUGUGAAGUAUGUGCAUUACUGACCACACAGCCCUGGCCCCUCCCUGGGCCUCCACCACAGCAGGCUGGAUUCCAGGAGUCCCUUCCCCCUUCCACUGCCUCCCUUUCCAGCAGGGCAAAAGUAGCCUCAUUGCUCUGUGCCAUGGAGUCUUCCGACCCCUUAACCUUGUGUAGCAACUGUGUGUAGCUUAACCCCAGCCCCCAGUUGCAACAUUUUUGGAUGUGCCUUUAAAAGAUCUAACUAAGGGAUGGGAGAACUUGAGGGUGAUCGGGAAUGCCCCCCACCCCGGCCUAGGGUGGGGGCAGGGUUCCGUGACUCCACUUGGUCAGUGGCAUCCUGUCCCACUCAACUCAGUUUACCCCAGCUGUGCCUGUGCCUUGGCUCCUGACUGCUGCUGCACUAGCCUCCCUGCUUCCCAAAGCUCGCAGUAGAGGAGGGAAGGGACAUUCAGGAAUGUGGUCCUGGGAAGUAAGGGCAAGGAUGCAUCUCGGGUUUGGUCCAUGCACCUAAGACUAAACGACUGUUAACUGGAAGAAAAAAAAAAAAAGAAAAAAAAUAUAUAAAUAUAUAAUUUUAUCUAGCUGUUUUUAUUUAAGAAAGUAGGUCUAAUUCAUGAUGGGAUUUUACACUCUAUAUGCAGAGUAACUAUCAAAGUCCUGAAUAAAAGCCCUGUUCCCUGUCACCUUUAAAAGGCAGAGUGGCAGUAAUGUUUGUUAACUGACAGAAACUGCUGCUGUGGCUUCCUCUCUGAAGGAAGCCUAUGUCUUCUGCUGAUCACCUAGAGAAAUACCUUAGUUCCUUCCCAAGAAACUCUCCUUGGCUUUUUCUGAAUGGAUGGAGACAAUGGAGGGAUUUGUAGUUACAAUAGAUUUAGAUUUAAUAUUCAAAACUGCAAUAUUCUACAUUUCUUAGAAAUAAACUUCAACAUCUUUUUUUUUUCCUCUUCCUUUUUUGAAGCAUUAGGUUCUACAAAGCAUUCCUCAGUAUUUUUUAAAGGCUAUGAGUGAAGCAAAUACAUUCAGCUCACUGGUCACUAUGCAUAAGCACAGCUCAAGGUCUGAGCUGUUUGUGUCUUUCCAGGAUAGGGCUGGACCAUGCUUCCUGCCUUAAGAGCAGAGCUGUUCAUGGGUAACAGAACAGGAAUGACAAAGGACUUAUUUUCUAAAAGUUUUCUGGUCAGUCUUACUACCACCAAAAUUUCUACAGAUGUGAGAGCUAACACUAAAUUGCAGUCAUAUCUGUGUGUCAAGCAGUAAUCCAGAAUGAAAAAGGUUGUUAUUAGCCUUUACAAGGUGGCCUAGAGCAAAGAGGGGUGGUCAGAGGAUUCCUGCCCUAACCUAGUCUUCCCCUAAGGGUUUGCACCCCACCCCAUGCUUACUAAGGGGCCGGAUAGACAGUUGUGAUUAUCCUCAGAGGUUCUAACCAGGCUUAAGAGUUUUUAAAUUCACACCUCUGCUGGAAAUGCCCUAUUCUAAUUUGAUAGUAGUUUUCUGUGCCUCAGAGAUUUCCCUUCACAACCUGUUUAACAUCAGUCCGUUUUAUUACCCUUUGCUUUGGAAAACAGAACCUCCAGGCUGAGAAAGGCAAGACAAAGCCGCCCACUGGACUUGGAAACUGAGAUUCUUAAAAGGCCUUUGUUGCACCCAAAGCAUGCAGGGGUCAUGGCUGGUGGGAGGAGCCUGCCCAGCUUCCUUGUCCUAAGAUUUGUCCUAAUGCAGCUCCCAGACAUCAGAGAUCUGUGACUCACGGGCAGUUGGAAACAGGUCACAACCCCCAAAUCUUUACAUUUUAAAUUCUCUUUUUCAAUCUAGCGCAAGACGUUAAGUUCUUCAGCAUUCACGAACUGAAUAAAGUACGGGAGAAAUUUAUCUUUUUUUAAGAAAUUUAUCUUAUUAAAAGGGCAAAAUAUUUGUGAACUUAA